CAAAUUAUUUAACAAUUAUAAAAACAUUUGUGAUGAUUGAUUGUUUGAUUGAAUUAAUUAUGAUCUAAGAUAAUAAUGACCAGAGAUUAACGAUUAACUGUUGAUUAGUUAAAUCCGGUCAAUCGAGUUGAGUGAGAAACAAUUGGAAAGUAUAAAUAUUGUUUCGUUAAUAGUUAGAUGAGCAAUUGAAUCAAGUAAAUCAACUGAUCAUGUUGGCCAAGUUCAUUUUAUUAACUUUUCUCAUUAAUUUCCACCUCGAUGAAGCUUGUUUCAUCACUAAUUGUCCACCCGGAGGAAAAAGAUCUCAUGUUGACAUUGACCAUAUGAGAGAAUGCCUUCGUUGUGGUCCAGGUAACAAAGGUCAUUGUGUCAAUUCAAAUGUUUGUUGUGGUUUAGACUUUGGGUGUUUAAUCAACAAUCACUAUUCAGCUCCAUGUAGAGCUGAAAAUUUCAUUCCAAUUCCAUGUAAAGUCCCUGGUAAACUCUGUUCGUCAGGCCAAGGAGUCUGUGUUUCCAACGGGAUCUGUUGUAGUUCAGGUGGAUGUUUCAAUGAUUUAACCUGUGAAAAUGAUACAACAACUAACGAUGAAUCCAUUCAACGUAUCUUUGAUUCACAAUCUUCGCGUACGAUUCAAAUUUAAUCGUUCCA